ACUGCAGUCCUUUACAGAAAGCGGCAGAAUAUGAGAAGGGUGCUGGGGAUCUUGUGCUUGCUAAUGAAGUACAACAGAGACACCAAUUUGCAGGCACAUGAAAUUAUUGCAAAUUUGGGACUGGAACUUAUCCACAAGAAGGUCAGCAGGUUCAAUAUAUCAAGGUCAGCUGUAUGGGAUGGAGCUGUUAGAGGAUUUCGACGCAGCACAUACUCUGACAACUACGACAUGUUCAUCACGUUUAAUGAUGAUGCUGGUAGCUUUGAAGAAGGUUUGGAUACAGGUGGCCCGAGGCGUGAAUUCCUCACACUUCUUAUGGGCAGUCUGAGAAAUCGCCCCAUCUUUGAUGGACCUCCAGAGAGCCGUUAUCUUGUAUAUAAUUCAAGAGCUGCCAGGCAAGAUGAGUACUUUUUAGCAGGAAAGAUGAUCGCUGUAUCCAUUGUGCAUGGGGGACCAGCACCACAUUUCCUCUCCAAGAACCUGGUCAACCACAUCACAGGGAAUCAGAGUUUCAGCGCCACUGUAGAAGAUGUGCAAGAUGAGGAGAUCACAAAAGUUCUACAUCAGAUUUAAAGAUGGACUGGAAAGUCUGAAUUUUUUAAGUGCACUGCAACAACAUUCCAGUGUGCUGGCCCCACUCCUAUGCUUCUCUGCCAAGGCCCUGACUGCUUCAGAACUGGAGAGCAUGUUCAGACCAGAUCUCAGCCCAGCAGGAAGCAACAAGCGGCAUAAGGAGGUCCUAACACUUGGCUUUUGGGCAGAUUAUCUCCUUGAUUGUGAAGAGAAGGCAACAGCAGUGUGUCUGGAAGAUUUGAUGAUGUUUGCCACAGGGCUGACGGCAGUUCCACCGGCAGGAAUGACACCACCACCAUGCAUCCAGUUUUUAAGUGAUUCGCCUUUUCCAGUUGCAAACACCUGUGCAAAUACUCUGAAGCUACCCAUCUGUGACUCAUACAGCAUCUUUAAGGCCAACAUGGACUUUGGAAUUCAAAAUGCUCCAGGAUUUGGAUGUUCUUAAAUCAGCAAGGUCAUCAAGUUACAGUUACUGAGUUACCCUGUUAGGUUCAGCUGCCGUUGGCACACUACUUAACACAUUCAUGUGACAAGCAACUUCC